AUGUAUUUGGCCAAAUCCCUGUUUGUGUUUCAGUUGGGGGAGAAUGACUACAGCAUCCAGCUGGUCAAUGGAUCCACAGUAGACGAGGCCAGCAAGAACAUACCCAGAAUAGUGAACACCAUCAUAUCUGGUGUGGAGAAAUUAAUGACACUCGGCACAGUUGACAUUGUGGUGUCAGACAUCGCUCCGAUGGGUUGCUUUCCAUUUUACCUGAGCAUGUUCGAGAGCUCCAACAAAAGUGACUAUGACAAGUACGGGUGCCUGAGAAACCACAACGCGUUGUUCAAAAGGCACAACUCUUUCCUCCAGAGCAGCCUCCCAAAGCUUCAAAAGAAGCAUCCACGCACACGGAUCAUGUAUGCCGACCUCGCAAGCCACAUCUACCAAAUAGUGCAAGAUCCCAGAAAAUUCGGCUUUGAGACCGCCCUCAUGAGCUGUUGCGGAAAGGCCGGUGCACCGCAUAGAUUUGAUCCAUUCAACUUGUGCGGGAUGAAUGGCUCAAGCGUUUGCCAUGACCCAGGGAGCCACCUCCUCUGGGAUGGUAUGCACCUGAGCGACACCGCUAACAGAUGGAUCGCCGAGGGCUGGCUCAGCGGCCCGUACUGCCACCCACCAAUUCUGCAGUGA